AAAAACGAAUUCGGUCAUUGCCAUGAGCGGGUUCUUGGGGCGGCGAUCGUCCGUGUCGGCCCCGAUUGCGGACGAGAACGUCGCGCUCGAGGGCUGGCUCAAGAAGCGCGGCCACCACUUCUUCUCGACGGUCAAGACGCGCUACUUUGUGCUCCUCAAGGACGGAACGCUUGUCUACUUUGCCGACGACAAGCGCAAGAAGCAGAAAGGCGCUGUCCGCGUCGCGAUCCAAGACGUCGUGACGCCAACGACCACCAAGGACAAGCUCUUUGCGUUCCAGCUCAAGAAGGCUUCGAGCGACCACGACGCCAAGCCGUUCGUGCUCACGAUGCUGGCCACCACGGACGCCGAGCGCACGUCCUGGAUUGAAGCGCUGCGCAAGGUCAUGGCCGCGUCCGUCCCGCCCGUGCGGCUCACCAUGAUGCUGCGCAGCACGACGUUGCACGCGUCGACACGGACGCUGGACACGGGCGCGUCCGACGUCUUUGGUAUGCUACUCGAGAUCGGGAAGCUGCAGCAGCUCGUACACACGGCCAAGACCGAGUGGGGGGACGACCCGAUGCAGUGGACGUCGGACCAGUACCUCGAGCUGUGCCACAGCAUCGUCUUUACGCACGAGCAAGCGGCCGGGCUCAGUUUAAGCUUACUGGAAAACCAAGUGCUCCAGGAGGCCCUCGAGCUCCGCUACAAGUACGAGGAUGCCCACGCCGCACGCUUGCGGCUGUCGUCAGCCGAGGUCGACGUACUCCCGUUGUCAACGACACCGCCUAACGAGGUGUCAGCGGUGGUCGAGGUGCCAGCGGUGGUCGAGGUGCCAGCGGUGGUCGAGACGCCGCCGCCACUGCUGUCGUCUGGCACCCGCAAGUACUUUGAGACGUUGGACCCGGCGUUUGUGGCCUUGUCGCCGCGGUCCAAGACAAUGGCCAAGUACGCAGCGCUGUACCAGCAGGAAGCGCUGGCGGCCAAACGCUCGUGGAACGCGCAUCGUGAGCUUGACGACGACCUGCUCCAAGUGCUCCACGCGCCGAUUACAACCGAGAAUCUCGUCCACGCGCUCGCCCGGCGCUUCGAGGCCGACCGCGUCUACACAAGUCUGGGCGACUCGCUCUUGAUGGUGAACCCUGCGCCGCGUCUCUUGCACCACACGGCCGGCAACUCGAUCUACGACGAAGCCACCGUGCUGUGGUACCGCGACCACGACGUAGCGGUCUGCAGUCCACACCCGUUUGCGCUCGCCAAGCGGACGCUGGCGAGCGUGCUGGACGUCAAGGAACCCGAGAGCAUCGUGCUCAUGGGCGAGUCAGGCAGCGGCAAAACUGACUUUGCCAAGCACGUACUCAAGUACAUCGCGACGAUCCAGCAAGCGCCCAAACCGCCGACGGUGCAACUUUUCACGAGUUCGACCAAAAGCACAAUCAAAAUGCGCAGUGACGAGGCGCACCUCAUGGACCUCCUCGCGUCCAAGCAGGUUCAGUACGAGACGAUUUACUUGGACAUUACGCCCGAGCGCUGGCCCGAGAUGCUCGCCGUGAGCCACGGCGUCAAACAACUGCCGCAAGUGCACAUGGACCGCAUGUUUUUUGGCUCGUACGACGAGCUCCAGCGCCUCGAGGACGAAGAGCAGUUUGUAUUUUACGUCAAGAACCCGCGCGCCGCGCGCCUCUUGUCCGUCCUCCUCGAUGGCAACGUGCUGCUCGAGGCGUUUGGGAAUGCAACCACGAUGCACAACCCCAACUCGUCGCGCUUUGGCAAGUCGACGGCCUUUCAUGUACACACAACGACGGGCCACCUCUACGGUGGCGCGAUCACGCCCUUCUUCCUCGAAACGUCGCGCGUGACCAACUCGAGCGCCGACACCUUCAACUUUCAUAUCUUCUACGCACUCCUGCUCGGCGGCAGCGCGUCGCUUCUCGCCGAGCUUCGCCUCGACGCUGCAUCGCCACUCGCCUUUGCGUACCUCGGGAACGACCGCUCGAGCACGAACGACUCAAGCGUCACGUCGUUCGACCAAGACCGCCAGCGCUGGCACCAAGUGCUCCGGUGCUUGGACCUCGUCGGCGUCUCGGAGCUCGAUCGUCUCGCGAUCUUUCGCGUGUUGGCAGCGAUUCUGCACCUCGGCAACCUCGCCUUUGACGACGUGCCGAACGCCCAGGGCGUGGCCGAAGGCGUGCGCGUCGCCGACAAGAACGCGCUCCACACGAUCGCGUACCUUCUCUCGCUGGAGCCGCAUGCGAUCGAGCACGCGCUCUGCACCAAACGGCUCAACGUGGCCAAAGCGUCCGAGACGUACGAGCUCCACGUGCACCGACCCCACGCGAUCAAGGCCCGCGACAGCUUGGCUCGGCUGCUCUACGACGGCCUCUUCCACGCCCUCGUUGCGCUUCUCAACCGAUCGACGGCGCCUGGCACCGACGCCCCAAAGGAGCUAUGCGACGUGACGCUUCUCGAUGUCUUUGGGUUUGAAGACAUGCAACUCAACUCGUUCGAGCAACUGUGCAUCAACUACCUCACCGAGAAGCUGGCUGUGCUGCACGUGCAGUUUGCGAGCGAGGCGCAGUGCGCGCUGUACUUUGCCGAAGGCCUGGAUGCGCUCUGGCCGACACACCACGGCAGCCUCCUCGUGCACGAAGGCCCGGGCAUGCAGAUCAUGGAAAGCGCAGUCGGUGUCUGGGCCUGCCUCGAGGAAGCCACGCUGCUCCACGGCAACGAGCAAGACGCCAAGCAAGCCAAAAACAGCCGCUUUGUACGCGCGCUCUACCUGCGCAACGCCCAGCACGAAGGACUGCGCAUCGAGCACGAUCCGCUGCAGUUUACUGUGCUCCACCACCGCAGCGCCGUCACCUACACGGCGACCAACUUUGUGGCCAAAAACAGCGACGCGCUCUCGGGCGAGCUGCAAGCGCUCGUGCCAACGUCGUCCAACGCAUUUGUCAAGGCGCUGCGGACGCACAAUAUGAGUGCGUCGAAGCGACAGUUGCCCAGCCUGUCGAGCACGUACCGAGCCCACGUGGCGGCGACGCUGGCGCAGCUGCGCCAGACCAAACCUCGCUUUGUGCAUUGCUUCCGCGCGCGCUUGCCGUCGUCGGCGGACUACUUUGCACUGGACGAGCAGCUGCUCGAGGCGCAGGUCCAGGGCCACAUGCUCGCGCAAGUCGCGACGUGGGCGAGCUUGCUCUAUCGGCACCACACGCUUCUCGGUGUCUUUCACCAGCGCUACCGCGUGCUGUUUCCAGAUGCGAUCGAGUCGCUCCAGCAUCAAGUCGAGGCGUUUGCCCACGAAGCGCUGCCUCACGAGGCCCGAGACAGCAGCUUUGCGAUCGGCGCGACCAUGAUCUUCUACUCGGAUGCGCUGCACCUCGCGUUGCACCGAGAGCGCGACCGGCUUCGUGCCGACGCCUGCCUCCGUAUCCAAUCGACUGUGCGCAUGUGGCGGGCCAAGGUGCGCGUGCGAGCGAUGCGCCAGUCGCUGCGGCAAUACCUCGAGGCGAUCACCGCGUUCUACGCCAAGUACAACCCCGCCAAGCUGCCGCAAGUGCCGACCAUUGUCCGCGCCUUUCGUGGACGCGAGGCCGACCUCCUGGCCAAGCUCGAGCGCAAGUACGCGCACGGAGGUCUCUCGACCGAGCACGAGGUGCACGACACGUCGCUCGAAGCGUUCAUCCUGAGCGUCCAGUUCGAUGCGGCGACGGUGCAAAAGAUGCUUCUGGAGCCCAAGAUGGCGCUCUUCUUGUCCGAGCCGAGCAUUCUCCAGGCUCUGCGCGAAGUGAGCUUGGACCCGUCGGUGAUCUACCUUCAGACGUCCGAGCCCGUGCUGCGCCUCUUCUACACGGAGCUGCGCAAGUAUCUCAUGCCCGCGCCCGACCCGACGCGCGUCAUCUACCAGCGCUUACCCCUUCAAGAGGCGGUCACGUUGCUGGCGCAGAACCGGCUCAUGGUGCCGACGCCAACCAUGUCUGAGGACCAGAGCCGCGUCAUUCGAGAGUUGGCUGCCGACCCGCAGCUGCUGCCUUUUCACAUCGACGAGCCAGGGGUCGCGGACCUUCUCCGUGGGUUUAUCGUAGCUAUUGACGGAGACAUUUCGGAUGUUCCGGAGGCGCCAGAGCUGCUGCAAGUCUCUACUCCGAUCGCCGAGGGUGCUACGCCCGACGUUGCGGUCGCUACACCCGUUGUCGAGGCCCAUGUGGGAGCAGCGCCGCUCGAGCCACAAACGAGUAGCCUUCCGUCGCAACGCUUCCAAGACCUCCCGCUACAAGAGGCGGUGGAACGACUUGCGAGCGCGCACUUGCUGUGCCCGACCGUGUCCAUGACGCCAGCCGAACAGGCCAUCGUUCUUGAAAUUGCGCAAGACCCGUCGAUGCUUGCGUUUCACGAAGACGACGCGGCCGUCUGCGAGCUUCUCCGCAGCAUCUGCAGACUGGUCGAUGACGUCAUUGCGUCGGCUGCCCAGCCCUUGCGCGUCGAGUCAACGCCGUUGGAAGCACCCAUGAGCAGCACUGCAGCGACGCCAACUACCGAGAGCCCGCCAGGGAUCGAGCCAACGACUGCAGGCGUGACAGAGCCAACGACUGUAGUAGCGGCCGAGACGAACGAUGCUGCGCCGGUUGUGGAGCUCAAGCGCAUCAAGUUUACGCAAAAACUCAUGAAACGAGUCAUGAACGACGACGAACUCAUGGGCCUCAUGGCCGAGCCCGUUGUGACCGAGUUCUUUGAGGAGUUUUCCGAGGACACGUCCAAGACGCCAACGAUCUCAUUCGCAGCGCACGAGACGGCGACCAUCGCCUUUUACAAGCGCCUCCUCCAAGUCAGCGGUGUCCAAUUUUGAGCCGACAGUCACAUUUUGUCAAUGAUCCGAGUAUCCUUCCGCGUCUGAGAAGAGACAUCAACUAAGCUCAGAGAGCUAACUAAGAGGGGGUCGCUCAGAGAGGGUCCAUGAGAGCGAUGA